AUGGAUGAUUCUAAACCACAACCUACACCUAUGACUUCUGGUCUAAAACUCACUGCCAAUGGCUCUACAUCUAUUCCCGACCCCUCCUUUUAUAGAUCAAUUGUUGUGAAACGGAUACUGAGAUACCUACAAGGGACUGUCACUCAUGGUCUUCACUUCAGAAGAGCAACUAAUCUGACCUUAAUGGCCUUCUCGGAUUCCGAUUGGGGUUCUGACUUGGAUGAUAGAAAGUCUACAACUGGAUACUGUGUGUACUUUGGAAACAAUCUUGUGUCUUGGUCAUCACGAAAGCAACGUGCUGUCUCUAGGAGUAGUACCGAAGCUGAGUAUCGGGGUUUAGCUGCUGUUACUACUGAAAUUGUAUGGAUCCAAUCACUUCUUAGUGAACUUCAAGUGAAUACUGCUACUCCAACAAUCUACUGCGACAAUCUUGGUGCUGUGAUGUUAGCUGCUAACCCCAUUAUGCACUCCCGAACUAAACAUUUUGAACUUGAUCUAUACUUUGUAAGAGAUAAGGUGCUUACUAGAGCCAUUCAGGUUUUUCAUCUACCAUCACAAUUUCAGGUUGCAGACAUUCUUACAAAGUCCAUCACUGGCCUUCCAUUUGAGAGUUUUCGACGCAAACUUAUGGUCACUUCAUCAUGUGACAUAAGUUUGAGGGGGGAUGUUAAGGAUAAUAAAGUUAGUUAG